AUGUUCGGAAUCAUAGCAGACCUCAUAGCCUCCGUUACAACAAUCCUCCUUCCCGCAUAUAUCUCCUACAAAGCCCUACGGACGAACGACCCUGCCCAGACCCAUCCAUGGCUCAUAUACUUCACGAUCCUCUCAUUGACCCUUCUCUUCGAAUCCUGGACCCUGUUCAUCAUCGGCUGGAUCCCCUUCUAUUCAUGGUUCCGACUUAUAUUCCUACUCUACCUCGUGCUUCCCCAAACUCAGGGCGCUAAGAUUUUAUACCUGGACUACCUAGAACCGUACAUUGUACACCAUGAGACGCAGAUUGAUCAGUUCAUUGGUGAAACGCACGACAAGCUGCAAAAGAUGGGCAUGGGUUAUCUGAAUACUGCAAUCGAAUGGGCACGAGACCGCAUUCUGGGCCAGAAGAGUCCUCAACAAGAAGCAGCAGCGGCCGGUCAACAGCAAGGAGCGGGUGCUGGAAGCUAUGCGUCCUACGCCACGGACCUACUCUCCCGCUUCGCCAUGCCCGGCGCAAGGACGAACACGCCCACCCUACCAGGUACAUCUUCCUCGACAGUCUAUAACACACUGUCCCACCUGGCGGGCGCGGCCUUCGCCACCUCUUCAGCCCAGCGCUCUGCUGCAACAGAUGCAGCGUCUAUCAAUAUCCCACCUUCACUGUUCGACUUUGACAACAUUCCUGGACAAUCCACUGCUGAAAAGGCUUCCUUCAUAGCUGCGCAACAAAACAGAUUACAAGGCCUGUUGAAGAUGCUGGACAAGGAGCAGCAGAACCUGGAUCUCGCAUACGGCUCGGACCCGCGUGGGGAGCGUGGCGGGAACGGAAGCAGAAGUGCCAGUGGCAGCGGCAACCACAGCAAAAGGCCGUCAAGUUCGGGUUCUGGCCUCGCCAUUGGGGGCGGGCUCAAAACGAAGUCGAAGAGUGAACAGUCUUUUGAAAACGUCGAGUACGAUGAAGCUGACGAGCGUGAGCGCGACCCUCGCCGAACAAGUGGCGGGUGGAUCGCCGCUGGGGUGAGCGGAUGGCUUGCUGGCUCAAGCCCUCCCAGGGGUGGAGGUGGAGAAGGACACGACGACAGGAGCGAGCGCGAGAGGAGGAGAGAUUCCGGAGACACGCUGACUUCGCGUGGCUGGUCUGCUGCGAGGGACAUGACAGAGGAGAUUUCGAGGGGAAUGAGCAGCGGUUAUGAUCGGUCAAGAGAAGAAGGUGAACGACGGAGAUGA